AAUGUCGAAGAAAAAAAAAACAAUAAGAAGUUCGGCAACCAAGCAUACGCCAAAACGUAUUCUAUUUGAACUUGAUCCGUCGUGUCCUUGGAUCCUCGUCAGCAUUAAAGACUCCAACAUCAUCAGUCACGUGACCGAAAUAUCUGUCUACGUGUAACGUGUAGGACCAGUUGGAUGCCGUGGUAGGGGCCAAAAUUUCUUUCGGAGUCCAAGUCAACUACAAAAUUGGUCCGGGAAAGGCGGUUUUCAUUCGUGCAGUUUUUGUCCUACAAAAAACCCAGUAACAAAAUAAUACUGUGAUUUAUUUAUAAGUGUAGUUAGCCAACAAACCCAUCAAAAUGGGAAUAAAAUUCUUGGAGGUUAUCAAGCCCUUCUGCAGCAUUUUACCUGAAAUAGCCAAGCCUGAACGAAAGAUUCAAUUCAGGGAAAAAGUUUUAUGGACGGCAAUUACACUUUUCAUAUUUUUAGUAUGUUGUCAGAUACCACUCUUUGGUAUAAUGAGUUCAGACUCGGCAGAUCCUUUCUACUGGAUUCGUGUGAUUCUGGCAUCAAACAGAGGAACACUUAUGGAGCUGGGUAUUUCACCUAUUGUAACUUCUGGAUUGAUCAUGCAGUUGUUGGCUGGUGCAAAGAUUAUAGAAGUAGGCGACACUCCCAAGGACCGGGCAUUAUUUAAUGGUGCACAAAAAUUAUUUGGCAUGGUUAUCACUGUUGGUCAAGCUAUUGUCUAUGUAAUGACAGGUAUGUACGGAGAUCCUGCAGAAAUUGGAGCAGGAGUAUGCCUCUUGAUCAUCAUCCAGUUAUUCGUUGCUGGACUUAUAGUAUUGCUUCUGGAUGAACUUUUACAAAAAGGUUAUGGAUUAGGAUCUGGUAUUUCUCUUUUCAUUGCCACCAAUAUCUGCGAAACGAUUAUCUGGAAGGCCUUCUCACCAGCUACCGUCAACACUGGACGUGGUACUGAAUUUGAAGGAGCUGUAAUUGCCUUGUUCCACUUGCUCACCACCAGACAAGAUAAAAUCAGGGCUUUGCGUGAAGCUUUCUACCGCCAGAACUUGCCUAACUUGAUGAACUUAUUAGCCACUAUUUUAGUGUUCGCUAUAGUGAUAUACUUCCAAGGUUUCAGGGUGGACCUACCUAUCAAAAGUGCAAGAUACCGCGGACAAUAUUCCAGUUAUCCAAUCAAACUUUUCUACACCUCAAACAUACCCAUUAUUUUGCAAUCUGCUCUAGUUUCCAACUUGUAUGUAAUAUCCCAAAUGCUGGCAGUAAAAUUCCAAGGCAACAUUCUGAUUAAUUUACUGGGCGUUUGGGCAGAUGUAGGCGGUGGUGGCCCAGCAAGAUCGUACCCCAUCGGUGGUUUAUGUUACUAUUUAUCUCCACCAGAAAGUGUGAGUCACAUUCUCGAAGAUCCAGUUCACGCUUUCCUUUACAUUGUUUUCAUGUUGGGAUCUUGUGCCUUUUUCUCAAAAACGUGGAUUGAAGUAUCAGGCAGCUCAGCUAAAGAUGUUGCCAAGCAACUUAAAGAACAACAAAUGGUUAUGCGAGGACACAGAGAUAACUCCAUGAUUCAUGAAUUGAAUCGGUAUAUUCCUACAGCUGCUGCAUUUGGAGGCCUCAGUAUUGGAGCCUUAUCAGUACUAGCAGAUUUUAUGGGAGCUAUUGGUUCUGGUACUGGUAUUUUGCUAGCUGUAACAAUUAUUUACCAAUACUUUGAAAUUUUUGUUAAGGAGCAAAGCGAAAUGGGUGGAAUGGGAACUCUAUUAUUCUAAUUUAAAAAUUACUUGACUGAGUAAUGAAAUAAUUUGUGGGUGUGAAGAAUUACUACAAAAAAUUGAGAACCUAAAAAGACUUUUUCUGUAGUAAACAAAUUUGUGUGAAUUAUGCAAUAGUUUAUAGUGUAAUACAAUUAUGGUUUCUGGUACACUUUAGGGGAUGUCAAAAUAAUGAAUUUUUUAUUGAUAAUUGGGGUUCUAAUCGAUUUGUUUCAACUUACUGUAGCUAUUUUUUAUCGAUCUUUGUCAAAGGUCAUUUUAAUUUUACAAUGAGAGUUAUUUAUUGUUAAUAAAAAUUAAAUGAAUAUUAUUUGCUCAAACAACUCCGGUUUAUGGUUAGUGGGCGUGUAAGUAUAACAAAUAAAUAAAAAGCCAAUUUCUUUUUUUCAUGAAAUUCUGCAAAAGAGAAAAUUGGCAUGAUUCUAACGCGCUACCUCAUUUCAAUUCCAUAUUGUUAUUUAUUGUUUAAAAGAAUUUAAUUUAUUUAUUAUUUAUUCAAAUUCAACAACUUCGGUUUAUGUAGUAGGUGUAAGUAAAACAAAUGAAUAAAAGGCUUAUUCCCUCUUUUUAUGAAAUUCUGAAAAAGAGAAAAUUGACAUAAUUCUUCUAAGGGGGGUUGUACAUGCUGCAAUAACUCUUGCAAGUGCAAGUUUUCUUGCCCUCUGACUGGCUUUUACUUCUGAAUCAUCCUCACUGUUCCAUGAAGAGUAAGUUGAACUAUAUCGAUUAUUUUGGCUAUCCUCAAGGUGUACCAGACCCCAAAGUUUUUUUGUACAAAGUACAAGUUUUUUUCAAAUAUGUUGCGAAAAUCUAGGAUGGUAAAAAACAUUUCUCAUUGUAAAUUAUCAUGCAGUUUUUUGUGCGUUGAUAGUAAUGUAUAACAAAUAUAUAUAUACAUAUAUAUUGAAUCACUUGUCAUACUCAAUAUUAGUUUUCCAUAUAGAAGGUUGUAUAAAUUUUUUUUGUUAAUAGGUAGAUAAUUUAUUAUUGUAAAACUUAUUUUAAUGACAAUUUUUUUAAAUAU